AUGGAGCAGCCAAGCCAGGUUCGCCGUGUUUUCCUGCUGCGCCAUGGGGAGGCUGAGCACAACGUCUCAGACGAGGAUGUGCCAGAUGCGCCCUUGACAGCUCGGGGGCGUGGCCAAGCAAACGCCUGGCGAGACAGGAUGGAGGAGUACGAUUUUGAAGUUGUUCUUCUCUCGCCUCUCACCCGGGCCAUUCAGACGGCGUGCUAUGCCUUCCAGGAGGAGGAGGACGUCCCCUUAGUCGUAGUCCGUUCAGCCCGUGAACUUUGGUGGGAGGAUGUUGCCAACCAGCCGGGCCCCCUGGAGUCAGUGUACAAGAGGUUGGAGCAGCUGCCGCGUGGGCACGAGGUACAAGCCCUGGAAGCUGCUUUGAGCACCAAAGAUGCAGGGACGGAGGCUGAGAGCAUUCGCCACUUCCGGACGGUGCUGGCCAAACGUCCAGAAAAAACCAUUGCGGUGGUGACACACUGGGGAGUAAUCAACGCCCUUUGUCGUCAAAGCGCCGACAACUGCGAGAUGAUGGAAUGCCUUUGCGAUGGGAAGGGCGACCUCACCUUUGUCCGCAAGCACGUCUCACCGUUUUGGGGCUGCUCGGACGGCGCGCCUCACAUAGCCUGCAGCAUCGGCUAG